UGCCGAGCUCCCUUCUCCUUCCGAGGCGCACACGCAGAGACAAGAUGAAGAUCGAGUUUGCUCCGGUCUCUCUGCCGCUGCAGAGAAGGCUUCAGACCGCGUCGGUGGUCCAGUGGGUCUUCAGCUUCCUGGGUCUAGCACAGUGCUGCAUAGCUCUCUUCAUCGGCCUCUUGUUCACACGAUUUUGGCUGCUCAGUGCCCUCUACGCCGCGUGGUGGCUCACGGACAGGGAAGCACCCAGCAGAGGUGGGAGACGGAUCCAGUUUUUACGGAACAGCAUCGUCUGGAGGUACAUGAGGGACUACUUCCCCGUCACGCUGGUGAAGACGGCGGAGCUGGACCCCAGGCAGAACUACCUGAUGGGAUUCCACCCCCACGGCGUGCUGGCCGUGGGAGCCUUUCUCAACUUCUGCACGGAGGCUUCGGGGUUUUCCACGCUCUUCCCGGGCAUCACCCCGCACCUGAUGAUGCUCUCCUUGUGGUUUCGGGUCCCCUUCUUCAGGGACUACCUGAUGGGUGGAGGCCUUGUGUCCUCCGACAAGGAGAGCGCAUCCCACGUGCUGCAGAGGCCAGGCGGGGGGAACCUGCUGACCAUCAUCGUCGGUGGGGCGCAGGAGGCUCUGGAUGCCCGGCCGGGAUCCUGCACCUUGCUGCUGAAGAAUAGGAAGGGAUUUGUCCGUGUGGCCAUCGAGCAUGGCACCCCACUGGUCCCUGCCUUUUCAUUUGGGGAGAAUGACCUCUUCGACCAAGUGAGCAACCCCAAGGGCUCCUGGUUGCGGCGGCUCCAGCACCGGCUCCAGCAGGUGAUGGGCAUCUCCCUUCCCCUCUUCCAUGCAAGAGGCAUCUUCCAGUACAGCUUCGGGCUGGUCCCCUACCGCCGGCCUAUCUGCACAGUGGUUGGGAAACCGAUCCCAGUGCAGAAGAAGUACAAGCCCUCUGAGGAAGAAGUUGAUCGAGUCCAUCAGAAAUACCUGGAAGAGCUGUGCAAGCUCUUUGAGGAGCAUAAAGCUAAAUACAACAUCCCAGAAGACAGUCACCUCGAAUUUAUAUAGAGCUCCUCACCGAAGGUGGAGUCGUGGAGACCAGGCUCCAAGCUUUCCCCCAUCUCUGGGACUACUUCGCAUCCUCCCUUUAGUCACAGGUAACAUGUGGGCCACACAGCAUGGGGAGAAGGACUUGGUUUUCCCAGCAUUUAAAUGGGGUCAGAAGCAGAGUUUUCAUUUCUUCUCCCUGGAGGACCCAUAGAAGAUAACAAGAGAACAAAAUCCCAUCACUGUUGAACCUGCACUAUUGAAACCCCCCAGCAGAAAACUCACACUUCCAGUCUGGCUUGCAGUUUUUGAAGAUAUUUCCUGGCAGAGAUGAAUUAUUGUUUCCUUUGCAUUUAGUUCAAGUUUCAUUUUCACAGCCUAGCUGAGAAAAACAUCGUGCUGGAAAAAGUCGAUUCCUCAAAGAUAUUUAAAAGGAUAUAAAGACCUUUACUAGAAAAAUAUAAACUUUUUUUUUUUUUUUUCUGACUUCAGAGAAAAAUUUGGGGCAUUGCUUCAAAUAACAGAUGAGAAUCUCUCUGAACGUCUUGCUCAGGGAGAGGCUGCAAAAAUGGGAAGAUGAGCCGUAAUUUCUGCUUAGCUUAUGUGUUUUUUUAUGCAAUAUUGUUUGUUUUGAUGAACAAAUGAUCGUUCUCUGCCUGGUGCUCUUGUGUCCGGCUGCUCUGGGCUCUUUAGUCCCCUCAAGCACUACAGUUCACCGAAACCUCAAGUUCCCAGCACGGCGCCGGGCACCCUCUGCAGCAAAAUGAGGCCAUCCCCUAGGACACAAAAGAAAUAAAACCUUUAUAAAGGGCAGAUCUCUUCCAGGGGGUUCACCCUGCUUGCACUUCUGGGUCCUGGCUCCAGGAAUCCUGCUGUAAUGUAAUUAAUUUAAUCCCAGACACCUCGUGGUGGGAAUGCCUUGGACACCAUGGGAGCAUGUUGUCCCAUCACCGAGCAUGUCGUGGCACAAACCGGGCCAUUUCCUAAGGAGCGAGCACAGCCAGGAGAUGGGAGAAGUGAUUUGGGACCGGAAACACGGCUCGUAAAGCCCCGUUUGGCAGGUGACCAAGGCUUUAAAUAGCCGCUGCUUCUUGAUAUCCAGAACUUCCUUAAACUCCGCACUUAAUGGGAUUUUGCAGCGUGGAAGUUGGAGGUGGCAGGAAGCCGUCUGCUCGGAUCAGCUUUACUUUGCCCUAUACCUUACACCCUCGCCUUCUUCCCCCUCUCCCCUCAUCUCCCUAUCUCCUCCCUGCCUUCAGGGAGGCAGAGCACAUGCACCGCACCCAGGGCUUUGGGUACUGCGGCUGCAAAAAUUGCACUUAGCAAGGAAAAGACACCCCUAAACCAGUGAUGUUAUUAUGUAAAAGGGCCAUAUCUCUGGGGGGGGGGGGGUUAUUCUUUUCCUCCCGGAUCAGCACUGAUAAAGUCACUCCACGGGAUUCUUGGUCUGAAUGGCUGGCUGCAAAUCCACCCUAUUCCCGGAAAACAAGCAGUAACAGGGAAAAAAAAUGGAUGGAGCCCUUACUGACAUCUCAAACCACUCCUUUAAUCCCAUUAUAAUCCUGUCAAAUAAAGCAGGUCACCUGCUAUGUUUUCUUGCUUGUUUGCUAUUAAAA